ACCAAUGAAACGUCAUUCGCGUUGCGAAUACACGGCGAGGGAACGGACGCCUAGUGAGUUUCGGCAACAGGGACAGACUCGACACUUCAAAGGAGGGUUUUCGCGCUACCUGUUACGAAAACUCGACGGGUGAUACAAAAACACGUGUCUUUCGGUGUCUUAAGGAUUGGAUAGUACCGUUUGUUCGCGGGCUGUUUCGUCGCGCGCUCUCGGUGGUCAAGUUUUGGUCAAGGACGGAGGAUAUCUCCGAGGCUGGGGUGUCCCGCGGUGGCGGAUUGUCGGGAAUUCGACGGGCAACGUGAGGAAGGCGCGUCGUAUCGCCGCUCGCUUGUGCGACGCGUGAAAGCAAGAGCGGAGCCCCGUGAGCGGCGUGGCGCGGGGCGGCCAUUUUAUAUUUAGUAUGACGUAGCUGGGUGUAGCAUAGCAUUCUUAUUGCUGUGGAUUACGCGAAGAAAAAGACUAGGUAACGAUCUCUGACGGGCUGGGUAAGUAAAACCUGGUGUGGCUGGUGGUGUGCGAGCGGUCAGUCAAAUGAACGGAAGCGUUGCGACGCGAGGUGAUGUGUGAAUUUUCAGUGCGUGCGUGUUCCCGCGAAUAGGACUCGUGAGAGGAGGCCAACGCGCGGAAGCUAGCAGCGCUCGGCAGCCUCGGUGAGCAGACGAGGCGUUCUGGGAGCGAACAGCGCGAGCGAACGAAAAAGCGAGCGUGAAAAAACGGAAACGAAACGACGGAAAGAAAAACUUUCCCUUUUUUGAGACCAGGCCGGCUAAUACCACACAAAGUGAGAAUAUAUUGCUUUUGGUCGCGACGGUGUGUCUGUAGCAUCGCGCGAACAUGAGCGAGGAAAGCAAUCCACGUACGCUGUACGUGGGCAAUCUAGACGUUAUGGUGACCGAGGAACUGUUGUGCACGCUUUUCUCGCAAAUAGGCGCCGUUAAGGGUUGCAAAAUUAUUCGCGAGCCGGGUAACGACCCUUACGCAUUCGUCGAGUUCACGAAUCAUCAAUGCGCGGCCACGGCAUUGGCCGCCAUGAACAAGCGGUUAUUCUUUGAGAAGGAAAUGAAGGUUAACUGGGCGACCAGUCCGGGCAAUCAGCCGAAACUCGACACUAGCAAUCACCAUCAUAUAUUUGUCGGCGAUCUGUCGCCAGAAAUUGAGACACAGACCCUCAAAGAGGCGUUUGCACCUUUCGGCGAGAUCAGCAACUGCAGGAUCGUGCGCGACCCGCAGACGCUCAAGAGCAAAGGCUACGCUUUUGUGUCAUUUGUUAAGAAAUCCGAGGCCGAGGCGGCUAUCACAGCAAUGAACGGCCAGUGGCUUGGUUCACGCAGCAUCAGAACAAACUGGUCAACCCGAAAACCACCGCCACCGAGGUCCGAGAGACCCAGACACUCGAACAAUAGUAAACCUAAUUACGAAGAGGUAUAUAACCAAAGUAGUCCAACUAAUUGCACUGUAUAUUGUGGAGGUUUUACAAAUGGAAUCACAGAUGAAUUAAUAAAAAAGACAUUUUCCCCUUUUGGCACCAUUCAAGAUAUAAGAGUGUUCAAAGAUAAAGGAUAUGCUUUUAUUAAGUUCACAACCAAGGAAGCUGCGACGCAUGCUAUUGAGUCUACACACAAUACAGAGAUCAAUGGUAGUGUUGUCAAGUGUUUUUGGGGCAAAGAAAAUGGUGAUCCAAACAGCGUGGGUCCUAAUGCAAAUCAUCAAGCUCAACAGGUAACAGCAGGAGCGGGACAGUAUGCGUACGGAUAUGGCCAACAGAUGGGUUACUGGUAUCCACAGGGCUAUCCUCAAAUGCAGGGACAGUUUUUGCAGCCUGCUCAAUAUUAUAGUCAAUAUUAUGGACAGCAGGCACAGUAUAUGAACAGCAUGAGGAUGCCUACUCCGGGCGCGGGGGCCUGGCAACCGCCACAAGCCACUGCAGCACCACCGACAGUGAGUGCACCCUUGCCACCAGGACAACAACCAACUAUGGUGACAUACACAAUGCCACAUCAAUACCCCACGCAAUGAAAUAAGAUAUUGGCUGGAUAAUUGUUACAUGCGAUAGUGUUUGCUCGGGGUAAUCGCAAAAAAUCGUUCUGUCAUAUACCUAAUCCAAGAAGAUUUAAGUUUUCCGUAAUAGUAUGUAAGAUAAUCGAUUUAAUGACUCUCGCACGAAAAACACAUUAACAUGUAACGUGUGGCUACUUUGCUUCUUGUCGCGUGCCGACACGCAUGCUGGUGUAUGUGCGAAAGCCAUACUUUCACUUAAAACAAACGUAACAAUAAAGAAAUAAUAUGUCGACUUAAACAAAUCGUUUAUGCGUUAUAGAUUUGUUUCAAGUCCACAAAAAAAAAAAAAAAAAUGUUACUUGUUUAUUUUACUUACAUAUUCAUUAAAAAGUAUAUAAGAUUCUUUACAUUGUGAGAUAUAUUAAUUUUUUUCUCUCAAAUUCCUAAAAAUGCGACGUUAUAGCGCGGGAAGUUGGCACGGUUGCGAUGCAAAUAACGUAAUUUGAUGCAAAGUUUUUCUAUGCUUUCCGCGCUUGCAUAUCGCGAUGUGUUGAAUUGGGUAUAUCUCCGAACUCUUCCUUGCGAGAGCCCUGAAAACUCAACCUCGGGCCCCGCACUCGUUGCGCUACGCAAGUGACGUACGUGGCAAUUGCGUUGUUGAUAACAUUUUAUUAAAUAUUUUUGCCACUAAAAUCCGAAAGACACUUCAUCCGAUCAUUGAUGAACAAAUACGACAAAUGUUCAUUUGAGUAGCAAAACUACUAAAACUAAUUGAACAUAGUUAGUAAUAUAAGAUAGAAAAACGAUUAGGUAGACAUGGCGCCUGUGAUGUAGCUAGACUUUUGGUGCGUUUACGCCAAGGCGUGCGGGGCUCUUUAUAAACAUGUAAACUAUAAGACAGUCGAGUUACAACUUUUCUCGUUAUGUGAUAUUUAUCGUCGGUGGUUAAAAAAAUGUGUAAAAAUUUGCUACGAUUAUAUUUGAAAGAGAAUAAAAAAGAGAAAGGAAGAGAGAAAGAGAGUUUUUUAAUGCGAGCUCAACAUUUAUUAAUUACUACGAUGCUGUGUAUUAAUGGCGCGUUGAGUUUUCUGUGAGUCUCGUUGCUCCGUUUGUGACUUCACUGUGUUUCAACAGUUACUCUCAUGAUACAAUAAAAGAUCCGUGAUAUACAUAUUAUAUCUUUAUUAUCAUUACGAGAGAUCUCUAUUACGAUGUUUACACGUGACAAAAACCGACUAUGAGUACAGUGAGAGUUGCGAGAAGAUCAAUCGGUCAUUAACACACCACGUCACAUAAUAGGAGGCUCUCCUACUGUAAAUAUUAGCGAUAUCCCGGUUUAUGUAUAGGCGACCUAGACUGAAGGAAAUUUAUCACACAGCACUAUAUACGUUUGUCAUGUCAUUAUGUUUAACAAUAAUAAUAAUAAAAAACAAAAAAACAACGUACUUCCAUUGGGAUGUUUCUCAACAAAAGAUGCGAAUUAAUCAAUAUACAUCGAUCUCUCGUUCGGGCACACACGAGCUUUCGAAAAAAAAAAACAUUUGAAACAUUUACACGUACACGUGCGUUCACACAUUUUGUGCUUCGCGAAUAUAUAACGCGGUAAUUGGUAAUUGCUGUCUUUUUUGAAAUGCGAUCGAACGGUUCGUCGAGUGACAAUCACAGUGGUGAUAUACAUAAUAAUAUCAAUGUGUUUCCGAAUUGUCGUAGUCUGUAUCUACAUGACACGAUCAGAUUCCAUCGUGUCUUCCAAGUAAACGCGAGUUUGCGGCACAAUUACUGAUGGUUUAUUUUUCGGCUGAUUGCUUUAGGACUCUCGUUAGUAUGUCGAUUAAAGAAAAUUUGGAUGUACACGCCGAGUCACACAUACGUCACAUCAUCUGUUCAUUUUUCUUUCUUUCUUUUGCCCGUUUGUGUUAAUUGAAAUAACGAGAAAUUUUGAGCGUUUGUGUAGCCGUUUAAAAGAUUUGCCGAUAAUUUUUAUGUAACUCGCGAGACAUUUAAGUAGUUUAUACGAGUAAUUAAUGCCUAAAACGUGCGCGAGCCCAAUUGUAAUUGUUCUUUUUCACGAGACACAUCUACAGUUUCAUCGAACCUAGAUCUGUGCGAGUGAUUAUGUUCAUUGUGUUGUUUGUUUUUGAGUGCGGUUGUCACGUUUAUUUACAGUUUCAGCGAAAACGAUGGAUGAUAAGAUAUAUAUAUAUA